AUGGAGGACAGCAGCUCGAAUACAGUUCAAUAUCGCUCGGCCUGCGCUGAGUGUCAUCGCAGGAAGCAAAAGAAACGCAAGGUCGCAGAUAAAUGCCGCUUCAUUCAGGCGACUACUGCGAGCUCGCCGUCUGACGGACUCACGCCAAAUAGUGACAAGAAGCGCUCCCGCAGUCGUGAGGAUGACGUUGAACCCGACGAAUCCGAGCCUGAUGAGGAUGACGACGACGUUGGGCUGGGAGCAAUGGGCUAUGCCGCUGGCCCUCUCUUUGAGUCACUCACUAUCGAUGCAAAGAAGGACAAGAAGCCUUUGGGCGAAUUGACUUGGAUCCAUCCAAGUAACUGUUCCCAACUCAAGCAUGCCCUCGAUGUCUUGCCUGGCCGCCCUCAAAUGGACGCUCUUGUUCAGAGCUUUUUCAACAACAUGAACUAUCACUACUACAUUAUCUAUCCGCCUACUUUCCUCCAGGAAUAUCAACAAUGGUGGGAGCGAAGGAACCGUAAUCAGUCACUCUCACUUCAAUGGACUAUCCUGCUCGUCAUGGUCUGCGCGUGUGCUACGCAGCAUCUAGAUGUUGAGAUAAAGCCUAUUGUUGAGGUCGAGCUCUCAGAGCCUGCAGAGAAGCUCACAGUAGAAUACCACAAGGCCGCUACGGAACUCGGAAGAGUGAUUCCGGUCGGUCACUGCCAUCUGCUGAAUAUCCAAUGGAUGCUUCACUCAAUCUACUGGUACAAGUCGGAAGCAAAGUUCGUGGAGGCUUGGCAUGUUAUUGGUGCUGCUGUUCGAGAGGCACAUGAAUUAGGUCUUCAUCGAACUGCCAUUGCCGAGGGGUUAUCAGAAUUUCAACGUGAGAUGCGCCGGAGAGUAUGGUGUAUCUUGGAUUGUUGGGAUUGGCAAUUUGCUUCUGGCUUAGGUCGUCCAACGAUCAUUGACCACAGUGAUAUCAACGUGGAGCCACCGAGUCUCACACUCGAGGACUUUUCUCCUUCACCACUUCUGCAUAUGAAACUUCAGUCAGAGCUGGUCACGCAACUCGCGCAGCGAUGGGGUGCUCCCAAGAACAUCACUUCAGCAAGCGAUAUCCAAGAGUAUAAGUCCAUGCUAGAGGACUGGAUCCGACGCUUCCCUGCAGUGUACGAUGUUGACAACCCUGACACGUCGAAGGAUUACAAGUUUCCGUGGAUUGUCUACCACCGGUUCUAUAUCCAUACGAUGGCAUAUCUUAUGAUUCUCAACCCUAUGCGAGCGUUCAUGGCCCAAGUUUAUACGAAAAACUCACCUGCGGAUCUACUAGCAGUCCGAGAAGAUGCUGUCCUCUAUUCCCUCAAGAAUUUGGACACAACUACUCGGUGGGCUGACCAUGCUUCUCAUCGAGACGCAAGAUUUCACUUUAUUAUCUUCUCGCUCUUCGAUACCGCCGCUGUUCUUUCCACCGCUGUUAUCAAAGACCAGGACGACACAAUCCCCAGAAAAGAUGAGAUCGUCGAUUCAGUGGAUACCGCGAUCAGAUUGUUAAAGCGUCUUAAGGCUCUAUCGAAGACGGCAAAGACAUCUCAUGAUAUUCUCGUUAAGAUGGUUCAGAAGAUGCCUAGACGAUCGCCACCGCCACGUGAGACUUUGAAUCGUAAGAAACAACGAGUCGCUCCAGUUUCUCCAGCGAAUACCAGUCAUGAUGUUGUUAUCAAGCCUGAGGAUGGAUAUCAACCGGAGCAUGUGUCACAGGAAAGCUCACCAAGCUAUUACGCUAGUUCUGAAGGCGCCCCUUCUGGAUCAACGCCGCAGAGCACUCACUCUUCUUAUGAUAACCAUGAGAACACUGGUUAUGUCAUGAACAACCAAGUCCCCGCCGAAGGGUAUGCGAAACCCCAAGUUGCUUACAAUAUGGGUGUCGCGCCCGGCCACAUGCCACCUCAGCAAGUCCCAUCACCAAGCGCCGGUAUCGAUGGCAUUGUCCAAGGAGGUCUUUAUGGCAUGCCACACGCUGAUCAUACUGGUGGUGGCAUGGUUCCUCCAACAUACGUCAAUUAUCAUCCCCAGGAUCUCAAUAUCGAUUAUGGUCUAGGCAACAUCACCGACGUCGACCUCGGGGACUUCUCGCAGCUCUGGGACUGGAGGAGUCUCAACUUGGAUUUUAUUCAGAGCUCAACAUAG